UGAGUGCGAAGCGAAGUGAAGCUUCCAAAACUAAUCGUAAUUGCCAAACCAAACCGUUCGUCUUUUUAACUUUAUACUUAACGGUGUUUAUAAUUUGUUAUUAAGAAGAGUUAAGUUAUUAAGUAUUUAAUUUUAUUUAGUGCGUAUUAUUUUUAUUAGUGGGGAGUGACUGCAAUCUACAUAAGUUCAAAGAUGUCUUACAACACUCGCCGUGCCGGUGGUAAUCGGCCAUCGCCAACGACACAGGUGAAUUAUCACCAGCAACCUAACAGACCUGGUGCUGGUAAUGUGGCCCAACAGAACCGCAACGCUGGAUACUCCACCAGCCAACCACCUGUUACGUACAACAACCCAACGCAAUCAUACAGCACUCCAGCCUUCUCCACCACUCCACCCCAGCCUCCACCAAAACCUACUACUCCAGCUCAGCAGCCACAACAGACACAACCACAGCAAAAACCGCAGCCCCCACUACCACAAGCCCCUGCUCCGACUCCUAGUACUCCAGCGGUCAAACCAGCAGUCGUAAGCUCAACCACCACCCCAGCCGCUACCAACGUUGUUCCUAAACAGGAACCGGUAACACCGGUCUCUACUCCUGUAAAUGCUGCUGAGAAUGGAGAAGGAAAUUCCGUUAACAAAACGACACCACUUUGGAAGAAGCGUCCUGUGCUAAAGAUCUCAAACAAGGUGAAACGGGCUCGUCAGAACGCCAAGCUACGCCGGAUUCUCAACCCCAAGAACGCUUUGACAUUCCUCAAUGAGCUGCGGCCGGGUACUGGCAAGUUUGCGGUCAAAGAAGAUUCUGCCUGGGGGGGCUAUGUAGCCACUGUGGAAGUUGACGGAAAACAGUUCACUGGCCACGGUUUGGGUGCUUCCAAAGCCAAAGUUCAGGCUUCAGAGAAAGCCUUGAAGUACCUUCUGUUGGAACAGCUGUCCAAAGCUCAGCAAGCUUCUGCUGAAGUCAAGCCGGAACUGGAGGAAGAAGAUGACAACAUGGAUGGUGGUGAGGAAUCAAAAGAAAAGAAUCGGAAGCCAAAGCCUGAGGAUGAAGUUCCGUGGGGUAGUUUGGCUGCGUUUGCUCUUCACAAACUGUUCACAGAAUGGCAAAAAGAAGGACCCCCAGAGGCUCCUGUGGUACAGAUGCCAUUGUCAUAUCCUGCUGAGAAGUAUGACGAAGAUGUUGGAGAUGAGCAGUAUUUCACACGUCGCCCAGGUCCCCCAGAGUUCGGUUACCGUGGGCGAGGAGGGUUCAGGCCGUUCCCUGGCCCUGGGCGGGGACAGCGCUUCAUGCCCUAUCCCCCUGGACCACGCGGUCCCCCACCCCCAGGCUAUGGUCCACCGGCUGGCCGUCUACCGCCUCAUGCCCCCAAUUCUGCCGUGACUACAUUUAAGCCUCAAAUUUCACUUGGAAAUGCUGCGCCAAUGAAGAAGAUUCCGGAGGACGCAAACCAGAGACAUCCUGUGAUGUUGCUCAACCAACUGAAGCCCAACUUGGUGUACAAUGAGAGUAGAGAGGGAGAACAGCCCAGGGUCACCUUCAUCAUCUCCAUUGAGGUGGACGGUCGGCAAUAUGUUGGCAGAGGCAAAAACAAAAAGGAAGCUAAGAAGCAAGCUGCGAUAGCAGCUCUCGCUCCGAUGGGUGUAAUAUACAAUGAAGUGGAACAAAUGCAGCAGUAGGAAAAGACCAAAAUAAGAUGAUAAAUGUUCUUACCUAAGUAAUUUACUCUCUAAUAAUGUAUAUUGUGUGAUGAAAGUACUUUUAUUGUUUAAACUAAGCAACCAAUGUUCCAGUAUUGGAUACAAACUCUGGUAUCUCAUGAUUUAUUCAGUUUUGUAAGUUUUAGACAUUGAUUUGUAGUGUGAGCGUUCACUAUUUAGUUUUACUAUCUCAUUGAAAACCUGAAUAAUAUAAGUGUUUUAUUAUGUCACAA